GUCCGUGAUGUCGCAACCUGGUACAACUGCAGGAGUAGGUGGACGAGUGCAUCCAGAUUCGGAACCUCAAGCAUUAUCUGCUUCAGAAAAAAUGCUAUUGAGUGCAUCUGCCAACAGCAGAGCCCGCCGAUUAGACAAUGCAGUCGACGAGACACUUUUGGGGCAUGUUGACUACUGGACUCGCCUACGCCGCUCGUUGUUGCAUAUUCGAAGCCUGUACGCCAACUCCGCUGAAUUGAAGAGCCUCUACCGACGUCUACUUUCGCUCGUCAAUUUGCGUACAGAUCGAGGGACUUCUAAAAGUACGUGGACCAAAGACGACGAGACAGACUGGAACCGCCGCUAUGAAGAACUGACGCAACAACUCUAUCACGAACGAAGAAAAUACAUGACCGGACUAGCGAAUCUCGAUCGUCAUGUCCGCAAGAGGAUCGAGCCCAUGCUUCGAAGUGUUGUGCUCCUUGUGAAGGAAAGUGAUGAGGUUAGGAGACACCACCUUGAAGCUUCUUCAAAACUUGUAUCUCAAGCCCACCAGCAAUUACGGUCAACAUCAUCGUCAGCCUCAGCAUGGAGAACACAACUAGUUAGACUCUACACUGCUGGUCUCACUCGUGUGGGUGCGGUAUCACCGGCGAUGGAGGAGUAUGCGACCAGUUUUCAGCACCAGCUCGCCGAAGGGGGCUUGCUCGACCAGAGUGAAGUGCAAGAUGUAGGCAGUAGCGAAUACAUCCCCGUUUUUACGCAUUACAGACGGGUUGGGGUUGUUCCUGCUUCUCUGUUGUCACGAAGUCGAAGAGGGUCUGCUGGUGCAGGUUCUGCUGGUGCAGCUUCGCACGCAUCUCCUCCUGACGAUCAAG